AUGUCGGUGGCUUUCGUACCGGACUGGCUGAGAGGGAAGGCAGAAGUCAAUCAGGAGACCAUCCAGCGGCUCCUGGAGGAGAAUGACCAGCUGAUCCGCUGUAUCGUGGAAUAUCAGAACAAAGGCCGGGCGAAUGAGUGCGUCCAGUACCAGCAUGUGUUACACAGAAAUCUCAUUUAUUUGGCUACCAUUGCAGAUGCCAACCCAACCAGUGCUUCAAAAGCAAUGGAAUAG